AUGUUUAGUCGACUCCUCUCCAAAGCCUCGCACCCUCCUGCCAGCGCUCAAUAUACCCCCGAUAGCUUUAAAGGCAACAAACUCGCUCCUGGUCACACCCCUCCUGACCCAUGGGCUGCUGGUCCCGCUCGCCAGCAAUCAAACUAUCCUGCUUCUUCUUCUUUAGCUGCAGACGCCGGGCCAUCACAUUCGCAUCAUACCAGUGCCUUCCCUGGCGGAAGAGGCGGCUCCGUCGGCUCCAAUACUUCAACUCGUAGAGUCGGAGCUCUUGAAAACAACGUCAUGGCCAGCACUACGGACCGAAGCCGCCUGCGGCGAGAGAGAACAUUUGUCGGCAGCGAAUGCGCCGUAUGCGAAGAACCCCUCGAACACACCCUGCAAGGCGAGCGCAUACUCCAGUUCUCGUGCUCCCACGUAUCCCACGAGGCCUGCUUCUACGAAUUCAUUCGCGAGAUCGACUCUCAAUAUUGCCCGACAUGCGACUCACCCCUACACCUCGAUACUAGCCGCGGCGGCAACAUUAUCGACAUCAGUUCGUCUUCCACCCGCGCAACUGAGUUGGGCCGACGCGCUAACUCGACUACAGACAAAAUCGGCAACAUGGUUCGCUCCGUAGGCAGCGACAGUCGCUCUACACAUACUCCGACCCCCACCUGGGAUAGCCAGACCAUGAGGCCACCAAGUGUCGACAGUUCACAGCGCCGUCUUCCCCAGCAGCAACUACAGCCCCAGCAGCAACAACUGCAGACGGGCCUUCAGCCGCCCGCACCCAGUAGCGGCAGAGAGAAUGGUCCUCGCGGCAGCCUGCGCGACAGCCGUGAGAAUCUUUCGGAUCGCUAUGGUCCCCCUUCUAGACACACUCGCAGCGACAGCGACGUCACUGGUGUCACGGGUAUCACUUCCUCUGCUGGUUACCCCGAAACCACUCAAAGCGGCCAUCAAUGGCGCCACGACUACGAUGUUCAGGCCAUGGAAACCUCGCCUGGAAGCCCUCAGCGUGCCAUCACCCGCAAUCCGAUCCCGUCUCCCACCGUUACGGUUCGCUCCGAAUUCCCGACAAUCAGCAGAUCGCGCCAGCAACAGACUCUUACUUGUCUCAUCACGAUUGAGGUCCCGGAUAACAAAUGGAAACCGGACCCAGAGGACCUCGGCUCCAACAGCGUUGCUCGCCAGCAAUCUCUGGGUCGUAUUGAUGACAUUGUAGCAUACGCUGCCUCACCUCCUCAGCCAGCACCUCCGCCAGCACCCAAAUUUUACCCAUAUGAGUCACCAGCUGCUUUAGAGGAAGCUAGGCAGAGCCUCAACCGCCGUGUAGACAGCUGGCACGGUUUGGACUUUGAGAAAUUCGGUCAGCUACGAUUAUACGGGACUCUCCAUGUCGGCAAGGACAAAAAGUCCUGGCAAGAACUCGAAUGCUUCCUCUUCGGCGAGAUGCUCAUUUGUGUCAAAGAAAAGAAGAUUGCUGGCGCGCCGCCUCAGUCUCAGUGGGAUGAGAACGGAAACCCCUGCAAGACGAGUCGUGUUGCGCUCAAAGGAUCCAUUUUGAUCAAGAAGCACCUCCAGGAAGUUGCCGAAACCGGUAACAUUGAUGAGAACAUCCUCACUCUCAGUCUGUCGGUCAACGAAUUGCCGCAGUUCCAUCUUCGCUUUUCAAACCGCAACCAGCUCAAGCUGUGGAACCAAGCUUUACUGGACCUCAACGCCGUUGAGACCGCCAUCCGAAGUCCGGAAUUUGAGCGCGCCGACAUGUCAGAGACGGAUGAGGAGGUGGACUGGCAGCGCUCUCGACCUCAGCGAGUCUCAUCCACGACGUCAUCCUGGGGUCCCAAGUCCGUCACCACUGCGCCUACCGAGUACACCAAUAACUUCACAGCCAAAGCCAGCCGCAUGCCAGCAUCUAUCCACGUUCCCAUUGAUGUCGUCGUCGUCGUCCCCAUUUCCUCAUCCAUGCAGGGGGUCAAGAUUAAUCUCGUACGCGACGCUCUCAGAUUCAUGGUCAACACUUUGGGAGAGCGUGACCGCAUGGGUCUUGUCACUUUUGGCUCAGGAGGCGGUGGCGUCCCUAUAGUUGGUAUGACGACAAAGGCUUGGCCAAGUUGGGGCAGUAUUCUGGGCUCUAUCAAGCCUGUUGGUCAGAAGAGCCACCGCGCCGAUGUGGUUGAGGGUGCCAACGUCGCCAUGGACCUACUCAUGCAGCGCAAGCAUAGCAAUCCUCUGGCCACCAUUAUGCUCAUCAGCGAUGCCUCAACCUCAGACGCCGACUCUGUUGAUUUUGUCAUCUCUAGAGCAGAGGCCGCCAAAAUCACCAUUCACACGUUUGGUUUGGGCAUGACUCAUAAGCCCGAUACCAUGAUUGAGCUCUCCACCAGGACAAAGGCCUCUUACACCUACGUCAAGGACUGGAUGAUGCUCCGUGAAUGCCUUGCUGGUUGCCUAGGAUCUAUGCAAGCCUUGUCUCAUCAAAAUGUCAAGCUCAAGCUCAAGCUACCUGAAGGAUCGCCAGCCAAGUUUCACAAGAUCAAUGGCGCGCUACAGACCACCAAGCGCGCCACUGGCCGCGAUGCUGAGGCUGCUCUUGGAGAUUUGCGCUUCGGCGAUAAGCGAGAUAUUCUUGUACAGCUCAUCAUUGUCCCCGACACCGCAUCACAGGACCAGCUGCCUCAAGAUGCUUGGGACAACAUCGUCUCCGGCCUAGAGGCGCUUGGUGGCCCAGUAGAUCAUGAUGGGGAGCGGACAGUAUCCGUUGAAGAAGUCCCCCUGAUUCAGGCUGAUCUUAGCUGGGGCGAUAUCCUCCGCGAAGGAAGUGUCACUCAAAUGCCGCGCCCAUCACUCCUUGCCAUCACCAUGCUACCUGGCGCAGGCCAGAAGAAGCCGUGGGGCAACUCUCCGCCCAUCCCUCCUCAUCCCAGCAUCGUCCAGCGUCGCAUGGAGCUCCUCACGUCAGAUAUGCUCUCUCGCGCAUUGACUCUUGUUAGUCGUGGGCAGCAUGACCGGGCCUUCACACUGCUCAAUGAGACUCGCUCUAUUCUGAAGGGCCUCGGCAAGGGCGGACUUCCACCCGUGCCGGCUCCCAAGUCGAGUCCUUCAACGCCUCACCCCAGCAACGAGGCUUCUUCCUCCGCUACUGGAUCACCGGACCGCAAGCGCAGCCCAUCACCGCCAACAUCUGCCGCCUCGUCGGCAGGAAACGGCAGUGGGCUUCCGUCGGCACAAAUUCGCCCCACACGAUCCGGCGAGGGUCUUACCCUGGGCACUGGCAUCGAUGCAAACACGGUAUCGGCGCUCGACGCCGAGCUGGAAAGCAGUCUGGAGUGGAUCAACCACCCGGCCGUCUUUGGCCGCGACAGCCGCAAGGCCGUUCUGCAAGCCAUCGGCGUCAUUUCUUCGCAGCGCGCCUUUACCUUUCGCAGUCCCAUUGAGAGUCUCUGGGCCAAUCGCGUGACUGGCAUCAAGCGACUGGCCGACAAGAGCCGCGAGUGGCGCGAAGAAGGCGGCGGCGAGGGUGGCAUCAUGGAGGAGGCCUAG